CAAGCUCGAUGCAUGGCGGGUUUGUCUUCUGAAAUGCAAAAGGAAGCGCUUACUGGUGCAAGGAGCUUUGCACACGUGAACAAUUUUUCUUCACAUUGCAACAUAAAUGAACAGAUAUUGUCACUGUUCGCCCAUAAAGAGUGGUAUAGAGGAGCUGAGAUAACAAGUGUUAAAUCGUACUGUGACCGGUGGACCCACUUCUUGAUCGCAUGACAAUGGGGGCAUGAGACCGCGGCCGGGCCUGUGGGCAGUGUUGAUCAGACACACAGGGAAGACCGACAAGUUGUGUCAGCUCUCUUGUGCAGCAGACGUCAGGUUUGUGGACGGAGCAGACGGCAGGCUUGUGACUAGAGCAGCAGACGGCGAGAUUGGGACUAGUCAGCAAACAGCUUUACAACUCGGAGACGUGGGAUUACAGGCGUCAUGGACAUUGGGGUCUGAUUCUUGUACAGAGAAACUAGAUAUAUUGUAUGGAUACUUGCAUUGUUGUAUUCACAGGAGUUGCUGUUUAUCAGAUUGUUUCAGCUUUAGUGGACAAGGCAGGAGACGUUAUAGAAAGUGGGAUUGUUUCCAUGGAAGAAACGUAACGCAGACCGGCUUGCCUGUAGGUGUAGAGGAGAUUGACAGACAAAGUUGGAAUUCACAGACUGGUGGAAAAUUACAAACUAAAAGUAGAAAUCUCAAGUUUGUCCAAAGGUUCUUGAAUAAAGAUCAGUCAUUUCUUGUGUGUUCUGGAAGGAACAGAUAUUGUGGAGGUUUUAAGUCAAGGAGCUGUUUCCACUCAUCGGCAGUAAUGGCCAAAUCCAAGUUUGAGUAUGUCAAGCAGUUUGAGCUGGAGGACAAGUGUCUGCAGAACUGCUGGAUUGUGAUCAGGAUAGAUGGCAAGGGAUUCCACAGGUUUUCUGACACUCACCAUUUUGUCAAACCAAAUGAUGAGAGGUCACUCGGCCUGAUGACCCGAGCAGCCCUGGCUGUGAUGGAGGACUUCAAGGAUGUUGUCAUGGCGUAUGGGCAGAGUGACGAAUACAGCUUCGUCUUCAAGAAACACACCACUAUGUACAACCGACGGGGAAGCAAGAUAAUGACCAAUCUAGUCAGCCUGUUCUCUGCUGCAUUUGUGAUGAACUGGCCUCGGUACUUCGCCACCCAGGAGCUGCAGUACCCACCAGCGUUUGAUGCCAGGGUCAUCCUGUACCCCAGUGACCAGAAUCUCAAGGACUACCUCUCCUGGAGACAAGCAGACUGUCACAUCAACAACUUGUAUAACACUGUGUUCUGGAAGCUGGUACAGGAACGCUGCCUUACACCUGCACAAUCUCAGGAAAAACUCAAGGGCACGUUAUCGAGUGACAAGAAUGAGAUUCUGUUCUCAGAGUUCAAUAUCAACUACAACAACCUGCCAGAGCUCUACAGGAAAGGAACAGUAUUAAUCAGGAAAAAGGAUGAGGUGUGUUCCUCCCCCACAAGGACUCACUCAGGAAUGAACUCUCUCAACCACUCCAUGUCGAAGCUGUCUACUGGAAAGUACAAGCCACUUGUGACAACACUACACUGUGAUAUUAUAGGGGCCAAAUUCUGGGAGGAAUACCCUGAAAUUCUGGACCCCAAGAAAGGAUAACAGGGCAUUCACAUUUGGAUUCACUUGUUUUUUUUGUCAUUUUAUAUGGAUAUGGAUGUUAAUAUAUUUAAACAAUACCAUACAUAAGAUGGAAGUAGUCUGGAUAUUCUGAGCGAGUGUGAUGCCUAUAUCUGUUUUAACGUAGGUGUCAGCACCUAUGCGCAUGGGUGUGGUGUAGAAAGAGGAUCGACUGGCGGUCACAGCAAAGGGACACAACUCUGCACCUUAGACAAGUGGCAUCUCUGAACCCUAGAAAUUGUCAUCUACCUGAAUGAUAAUGAUGAAGCAAUUGUGAUGAUAUAUCUUUUAAUGCACAAUGGGUGUCAAAUGCCAGACAGGUGAACUGUAUAGGUUAUCCAAGGUGGACUGGACAUGUGGAAUCGUUCUGGUUCUUCAGCAAGGCCUCUGUUGAUGGAAGACACAGACCUCACUGCAGAUACAAUCCUCACUCACCCAAUACACAGGCACUCUGUCAUGAGCAUUCUGUCAACCAUGUAUUUGCAGUGGUCAACUCCUGGAGUUCAUACGAUCAUAUCCUUCUCAAACAGAGUUAAAAAACACCCACAAUUGGAAGGCUGUGAGUUGCAAAAACCCACCAGUAGUAAAGUAGCAAACAUCUGCCUCUGAAGAGUCUGGUCUUGUGAUUUUUAGUCUUCACCUGUACUUUCACUGCAAGUUUUGUUCAGCAAGGGUCUUUGUAAGUGACGUUUGGAUCUUGGAAAGCAACUAUUCAGUGUUUGAAUAAUUGUUUCAAUAAAUACUUAAUUUUUCUGAGUUGUAAAAUAAUGGUGGGUAUACAUCAAUCCACACUUUAAUUAUUCAAUAUUUACCUAACUGACAUGUCACCUGAACUUUUUUUUUAAAUGUCUACACAUUCUCUGAACCUUGGUGGUCCUGUGGUUGUGAAGAGAGAGCAACCUUAAUAUUGCCAAUUACUUUGAUCUAUGAACACAGGUGAUGAACAUUUGAAGCCCCAUGUUAUUCAGUAAUGCAUUAUCACUGAAACACAGGAGUGUUGAGUGCCCAGUGUCUGUCUUGACAGUCCUCAGUCAUACACAUUUGCUCACAGCCAUUGAGUAGCUACAUUAUACUACUCAACUUUUCAUAGGAAUAAUCAAAUAUGUCGUUCUAUUUAAAUAUAGGAUGUAUACAUUCUUACGAAAUAAACAUCCUAUUUAAAUAUACACUUGACAUGUGAGAAUCAUUUUUGUGCAUCAUGGUAAAAUAAAAAAAUCCCUAUUCAAAGUGGAGUAGUAUAUAUAAUUAUAUCCACUGUAGGCAAUGAAACAAAAGAUCCUGCCAUUAAGGUUGGUGAAAUAGUUUCAUUAAAAUUUGCAGCAUUCUUUGAUUUGGAGAAUCAUACACUUGCAUCCUGGUCAGGUAAUGAACAAAGUUGGCUGGGUUGUCUCCCUUUAAUGUGGCAGCCAUUGCUGGCUGAACGCAAUGACCAACAAACACUUCCACUUUGUUUACAUUUAUUGUGCUUUCUUGUAAAACUGCAAUAAUACAGUGAUGUGUUUGCUUUAGACAUGUAAAGCAAAUUAUGAUCAUGUACAUCUGUACAGCAUAUUGUUAUAUACAAAGUUACCUAUACAUGUGAUACAUACCUAUAUACAUGAUAUUCAAAUUGCUACUGCUCAACUGAUUGGUCAACACAAGUCAUAUGAGCAGCAUUUGAACCAAUGAACAAUGGCAAGUGACAGUCCAUGGUGUAUGGACCUGUUCAUAUUAUUGCUACAGCCACUAUCCAUUAUUAACCUCAAACAUAGACACUGCUUCACGUGCAUAUGAGGUCAUAUUUCUGAAUAAAGGGUAUAGAAGAGGAA